ACAAGGCAGAAUCUGAGUCUCAAUUGGUUCGAUUCAGACAUCAAUUUGGGCUGGUGUUUCGGUGAAUGCAGCAUCCCGCUUCCAGUUCAUUCACUCACGCCCGGUAUCAGGGUCGCAGAUUGCGCCAUCACAUUCAAUAGCAUGGCUAAGGCAGAACCAACAUAUCCCUCCACAGGCUUUAGAACUGUAUUAAAUAGAAGCGUCUAAACUACUGGGCCUUUGGGAAGGGUUUCCCGCGAGGUAACCGUAACGUACAGCUGCUGCCACUGCAAGCAACCGAAGAUCCUUGAACAUCAACCUAUGAGUGUGAUUCACAGGCCUCGAAUAAGAGUUAAGCAGACAAGGUAUAAAUUCUUCUCUCUCCCCAGGUUCAUCUUCUUUUCUCUUUCUUUUUCUUCCACCGCUAGAUUCAUACGGUGGUCGUUAUCCCUCUCCUCAUCCCACGCAACCUCAACAGGUCUGUGACAUACAUACAGUGUACACUACACUCUUGCAAAGAACUUUGUCUUGUCAAGAUGACUACCGCAAAGACUGUCAAGUCCGAGCAAGGGCUCGGCAAUCGAGCCCUUUUGGACAAGAUGGACAAGCUGCGAGAGCUGGGCAUUUCCAAUAUGGUGCCUCUCCCUCAGAUGGUUGUCGUUGGCGACCAGAGCGCUGGCAAGUCCAGUGUCCUCGAGUCUCUUACCGGCUUUCAUUUCCCUCGCUCAGUGACUCUCUGCACUCGCCAUGCCACAGAGAUCAUCUGUCGUCGCGAGGAAACUGAGAGCAUUGUUGUCUCUAUCCACGCUGUCGAUGCGGAUGAAGAACAAGCAAAGCCUUUUCAUCGCACUGCGACCAACCUGGAUGCCGAGGAGUUUGCUCGGAUUUUCCAAGAUGCCGCCAAGGUGAUGGGCAUCAAGUCAGAGUCCGGUGACGGCUCCACUGGCUCUGCCUUUAGUCGCGAUGUUCUCCGCGUCGAAAUCAGCGGCCCCAAUGAAGAUCAUUUGACUGUCAUCGAUGUUCCCGGAAUGUUUGAGAACGUCACUCCCGGCGUCACCACCAAGGAAGACAUUGAGCUCGUCAAGAACAUGGUGAAAAAUUACAUCCAAGAGUCACGCACCAUCAUCCUCGCUGUUGUUCCUUGUAACGGCGACAUUGCGAACCAGAAGAUUCUCACCUACGCCAAGGAAGUCGACCCUGAGGGUAAGAGAACUCUCGGAGUUCUCACCAAACCUGACCUGGCUGUCGAACAAGCUACAAAGGGUGUUGUCAUUGACCUUGUGAACGGUAAGCGACGUGAUCUUCAACUUGGAUACUGCGUUGUGAAGAACCGAAGUGCAGAUGAUAGUUCUUCCAGUGCUGAGGAGCGAACUCGCGCUGAGAAGGACUUCUUCUCCAAGGCACCUUGGACUGUGCUAUCCCCUGACAGACUUGGUAUCCCGGCGCUCAAGGUUCGUGUUCAACAGCUUCUCAUGGACCGAACCAAGAGUGAGUUCCCCAAGGUUCGUGGAGACCUUGCGACUAUUCUCAAAGAAACGGAAACACUUCUCAAAGACAUGGGCCAGUCACGCAGCACUACUGAGCAGCAGCGUAUCUAUAUCGGACAGAUUGCCGCUCAGUUCACUCGUAUCAAACACUGUGGUCUCGAUGGACAAUACAGUCGCGAGAAUCUCUUCGACGCUGGUACAGAUCUGAAGCUCAUUACCCGAAUUCGCGAAAUCAACGAGGAGUUCGCAAAGUCAGUCUAUGACUGGGGUGAGACACGAAAGUUCCACCGCCCUGGCGACAACGAGGUGCCCCCAGCUCCUAGCGAGGAAGAUGAUGUCGCAGAGGAAGCAGAGGCCAAGUCUACCGACGAGCGCUGUGGCUUGUACCGCCGUGGUAUCUCUUUUGACAUCCCCAAGCUGGGAGAGCAAGAGCUGGAGGAUGGCGUUCUGCAUGAUGCAUUCGAGUGGCCGGAGCCGAAUGAAGAGGAUAUCAUGAAGUAUAUCGAAAGGGAGUGGCUCUCUUCCCGUGCUUAUGAACUCGGCACUUUCGGUGGUGAGAUGCUACCCAAGAACUUCAAGGAGCAAUCCAAGAAGUGGUCUGGCAUGGCCCGAGCCCACAUCGCCAAUGCCAUUCUCAUCGUCCAUCAUUUCAUCAGCAACGUUCUCGACAGCUGCUGUCCUGACCCAGCUAUUCGCGAAGAGCUCUGGAAUUUCCUCGUCGAUGAUCUGCAGACCCGGUAUAAGCGUGCCGUUAACCACACGGAAUUCCUUUUGAAGGUCGAGUUCGAGGGUCGGAGCAUCACCUACAACCCCUCCUUUGGCAACAACCUGGCUGAGAAUAGAUCGAAGGGUGAAGAUCUGGGUGAGUUGGUUGAGAAGACUACAAAAGCUGCCUUACAGUCUUAUGACACGAAUAUCGAAGUUGUCAAGCAUGUUCGUGAUGCUGUCGAGGGUAGACCCAAGCCUACAAACCUAGCAACCAUCUGCCAGGACAUUCACGAUGUUCUUUUGACCUACUACGACAUUGCCCGUAGUCGAUUUGUCGACGUUGUCUGCCGACAAGUCAUCGACUUCUUCCUCCUCGACGACACCGACGGCCCUCUCACCGUUCUGUCCGACCAAGUUGUGUUUCACAUGACACCCGAGCAGCUCGAAGCUAUUGCCGGCGAAGAGAUGCUCAGCCGCGAUCGUCGUGAGAAGUUGACCCGUGAUGUGGCAAACCUGAAAGAAGCGCUCAAGGUUCUCCGCGGAUGAUCUUUUGGUAGACUAGAAAAGCUCAUUGGUCUUUCAUUAUGUCUGAGAAGGGCUAGAGAGGGAUAGAGCGCGUUGUUAGACUUCGAGAGAAUUGGGAUAGUAUUGAGGUUUUCAUAGAUGGUCUGGCAGAAGAAGUCUUUUGUUAGAAGCUUGGAAUGAUAGAUUGCGAAUUCGAGUAUCAGCCUUGUUAGCAUUGAGUGUCGGUUGCCAUUUCCGGGUGUGUCCCGUAGAGUCAUUGAUGAAUGACAAGCACGGUACUGAGAGCUUUAGAAGUUUCACAUUUAUCAUAUACCCAGUU